AGGAGGAAAGUGUCCGCACUCAGACUCUCAGCCAGCGGCGGCAGCAGCAGCUCGGAGGGGAAGAUGGCGCGGCGCUGCGGCCGUGCCACGUCUCGGUUUGCCGAGAAAAUACAAACGUCUCCGAGAAAGACAGCGAUAUCUGCGGCGCUGUUGUGUGUGUGGGUGCUUUUCCCAGCCGCUGCCGAGGCCGGACUCUACACAUCCUCCGACCUGGUCGUGUUGUUAACUCCGGAGAAUGUGGGGUCGGUUCUGGUGAACUCCACGGCCGCGAUGGUGGUGGAGUUUUACGCGUCUUGGUGCGGACACUGCAUCGCCUUCUCCCCGGUGUACACGCGCCUGGCCAGAGAUGUUAAAGAGUGGAAACCUGCUGUGAACCUAGCAGCCAUUGACUGCGCUGCAGAGGAGAACAGGAAAAUCUGCACUGGCUACAAAAUCAGAGGGUAUCCCACUCUAAAGUUUUUCCAUGCCUACUCCAUGUCAAAUUUUACAGGACUGGCUUUUAAAGAUUUUCCUCGAGAUCUUCGCGGUCUUCGUCACAGAAUCAUUGACAAACUGGAAACCCAUAAAGAGCCCUGGCCUCCGGCCUGCCCCCCGCUGGAGCCCACCAGCCAAGCUGAGAUUGACAACUUCUUCGAGACGAACAAUGUUCAGCACCUGGCCCUGAUCUUUGAAGAGCCCCAAUCCUACGUCGGCAGAGAGGUAACCCUGGACCUGCUGCAGUUUGAAAACAUUGCUGUGCGGAGAGUCCUGAAUACUGAGGAGGGUCUGGUGGCCAAACUGGGAGUGACUGAGUUUCCAUCUUGCUACCUCUAUUACCCAGGAGGCAACUUCACCAGACUCCAAGUCAACAUUGAGGCUCGUACGUUUUACUCUUACGCCCUCCAGAGGCUUCCUGGAGUAGUGCGGUCAGGACGGCCACCACCAGCCUCUCCAGACACCCUUAAAAACAGGACAGAGGAGCCCUGGAAACCGUUCAACAAAUCCAGGGUGUACAUGGCAGACCUGGAAUCAACCCUGCACUACUCCCUGCGCGUGGAGCUGGCUGUGCAUGCCGUAAUCAAAGGAGUGGCCCUGAAGUCCCUCAAGAAAUAUAUCUCUGUCCUGACAAAGUAUUUUCCAGGCCGUCCUGUGGUGAUGAACUUGCUGAAGUCUGUGAACUCCUGGCUACAGAGCCAGUCUGCUGAUGAGAUUUCCUACGUGGCCUUAAAAGAGAUCUUGGAUAAUACAGCACAGGUUCCAAACACUGCACUGCCUGAAGGAACCAAGUGGGUGGGCUGCCAGGGUUCACAGCCCUACCUCAGACGCUAUCCUUGCGGGGUGUGGACUCUGUUUCAUGUCCUCACAGUCCAAGCCAAAAUUCUAGGAGGCUCAGAUCCUCAGGAGGUUCUGAGCUCCAUGAGGAGCUAUGUGCACAACUUCUUUGGCUGCCGACCGUGUGCUGAACACUUUGAGAACAUGGCAGUGGAGAGUCUAAUGGAGGUGAACACCAUGUCUGCGGCGGUGCUGUGGCUGUGGUCCCGUCACAACCGUGUCAACAACAGAAUAGCAGGGUCACUCAGUGAAGAUCCCCACUUCCCAAAAAUCCAGUGGCCUCCACCAGACCUGUGUCCAGCCUGCCACAACGUGAUGGACAACAGGGAGCACAGGUGGAACAAAGAGGUGGUUCUCCCCUUCCUCCUCUCUUAUUUCAACUCCAGCAGGAUCCUCACAGAUUACCUUGAUGAUGAGAGCCAGGUUCUAGAAACGCAGAGGGAAAAACACAAACAGCUCACUCUGGCAGCCCAGAAACAUGUAGAGAGAAAAACGAGGGAGGCCUUGGACUCCAACAUGCAGUUUCCACCAUCACAAGCCACUGAGCAAGGAGAGGGGGAGGAGGAAGAGGAAGAGGAGGAAGAAGGGCCCCAAGAUGAAGCAGCGACAGAUGAAGAUGAAGACGGUGGCGAGGGUGCUCCGGCAGCAACAGAAGAAGAAGAAAUGGAAGAAAAGCCUGAACCUACAUCUUGGGCAAAUCCUGAAAAUCUAGGGGGUCCUGUUCAGAGGCAGGCCCACCGCCGCCCGAGCAUCGUGGGAAUGAGGAUGCGAGAGCUGCAGGAGGACAUCGUAGAUCUGGACUCAUUUGUCAACCAGCACUAUAAAGCCAAGGCGCUACAGCUGGCUGCCUCCAGCCGGGUCAAGCAACGCACCCUGCAGAGGCAGAAAGAGCAGGACCCCAGGCCUGUGCUCGGGCUUGGCAUGGAGCUGGACGCAGGGCUGGGGAUGAUGGGCCUGCAGCCCAUGGAGGAAGACUUUGAGCUGAAUGUGGGGCAACAGAGGAAGCAGCUGCAGAAACGAGACCUAUCGAGCCAGGUGAUCGGUCAGGAGGCGGAGCUGAGCUACAAAGGACGCUGGAUUUCUGUGUUGAGUAUCGGGUUCUCAAAAGUUGACAUCAGCCUAUGUGUGAUUCUUUACUUCCUGUCCUCCAUGUGUCUUCUAGCCAUGUACCUUUUCUUUAAAAAACGCCUCAGGUUACGGCGAGCUAAAAUAGCUCUGCCGUGAAUAACAAUUUAGUGCAAAAUUUACAACAAUCACUCUGGUUAAUAUCUUUAGUUUGGGGAGCGUUAAUGGAUACAUGGAGCUGUGGGUAGCUCCAUAGUACUUCCAGCCAAAGCUUGUGAUAUGGUGUUUCACUGUGACUCUCUUCAUGUAUGACAUUAAACUGAAAAGAAGGAAAAGUGAUAAUCAGCAGGUUACCUUCAAGAGUUUUAGGAUUAGGGCACUUUAUAUCUUUGUGCUUCGUCCACCCUCCACUUUUCAUUAAACACCAGAACUGUGGAAAGUAUGUGCAUGUAGAUGCAUAUAGCUAUUUAAUUUUAUUUGAGAGCUUUACCUCAGUUAAGGAUGAGUAAUGUAGACUUUUGAAUAUAUUUGACCACUGGUGAAGAAUGCUAAAUGGCCAACAUGAGCUUGAAGAUUUGUUUAAUUUGUAUGAAGUGAAGUUUUUGUUUGUAGUUCUAUUUUACAGAAGUUAUUGAUGUUUACAUGAUUUUUUUUUAGAGUAGGAUGAAGACUUUGUGUCACUGAUUUCUCAGAUAAUAUGACAUAGAAAAUGUCUACUCCCAUUUCAAGUUCUUUAUACCUCCUUUCGUAAAGUUCGAACAGGUGACGAAAAUGACUCUUAUUGUAGUUCAGAGUCCUCCUUGCUGAGUAUGAAUGAAAACCAUUACCCCAUGAUCUAUCACAGGCAAAAAUGUUGCAGAGCUGCAGGUAUGAAUCAAACAACAUCUUUGUGCUGUAAGAACAUAGCACUUGUCAAUUCUGAAGUGUCAGGUGUUUUGCAGCUAUAUUAAGAAAUAAACUCCUUAAAGCUGCUUUGUUUCUAUGCUGCAUUCCAGUUACAUCAAGCUUCAUGAGCGCAAACAUUUUGCAAAGCAGAACAACAUAAAGUUGCAUGCACUUCAAGUUGACAUUUCCAACCAUAAACUCAGUGUAGCUUUGACAGCCCACUGUUUUUCUCCCAACAUGGCAGCAUGACAUGUUAAAGUAAUGUUUUUAUGUUUCUACAGCAAACGGAUGUGUUGAGAAUUUCAGUCAGUUGUGAUUGUAGCUCUGCUACAGUGUUGCUUGUGUGUGUACAGUUGUGCUCCUGUUGUGAAUAAAAAGUGUAUUCUAAGAUGUCCUCAGAAAAAAAUUAGCACAAGAAAAGCUUCAUGCCUCCAUCCUGUCUUUUAACUCAUUAUGUAGAAAUCUUCACAAGGCUUCCAGCAGUGAAUUAAUUGUGUUUUCAAACAGCAAAGGUACAUUUAAAGGAGCGUUAUUGUUAGGACAGAAAGGGGAUGGAGCUGUCAUCAUUUCCACUUCACAACAUUGAAAAAAAGUGUAGCUUUUCAAGAAGCAGCCUUACACCACAAAGAUACUGAAACCUUCACUUUGUACAUGAUGCAGAAACCUGAAACCUCCCAUACAUGUUCAGCGAAGACCAGCUUAACAGUGAGAUGGAUGUCUGGCAAUUGAAAGGUCAAAAUUAAGUGUGUAUGCAUAUUUAUUUGAUUUGAACUUUGAAGGGAGUCACAGUAGAUGGCUUUAAUUGGUUGCAAUUGAUUUUUGAUUAUUGGUUUGUUUACAUUUCAUGACAAUCAAUUCAGUCCAGGUUAAAAAAAAAUAAUAUUCCUCUUCUAAUUCUUGAGUGUCUUUUUUUAAUUAACUAUCUUUUACAGACAUUAAGGUAAAAACAGGUCUGAAAUGAUUUUUUUGGAGUUUUAAUUGUGUUAUGGAAAAUUGUGGACAGUUGCAUCAUGUUUUGAAAUGAGACCGGUCCUCCUCUCCUUUCAGGAGUUGAUAAUUAGUUGGUCCUAAGUUCUGAGCUUUAUGUAAUGUCUUCUAAUAUUACAGCGCGCUGCUGAGUCCACACAAUAGCUUCUCUCGUGGUUGUUGGAAGUGUUGUGGAGUGAUGAAUAUGUUCACACUGGAUGAGUUUUAGAAUAUGCAGGGUUUGUUUUUGGUUCAUGUCCAUGACAAACCUGCUGGUCUACACAAAAACA